AUGGAAAAACACGAAGAGAAUAUCUAUGAGACAGUCGAUGACCAACGUUAUUCUGAAAUAGUAAGAGAAAGAAUUGAAGAUGACUGGAUAGUUGACGAUGAGGGCUUCGGAUACGCGGAGGAUGGCCGCGAAAUCUUUGAUGAUUUUGAUGAUAAUGCGGAUCCUCAGCUUAUGCGAAAGCAUAAAGCCAAGAAGAAACGUUUGAAUCCUGAUAUCCGUCCAGAUAGUAGCGAGAAUUUUUCUAAGCCUAAGGAUAUUCGUGACAUGUUUUCUGCCCAUUCUUCUGCACUUAAAAGCAAGCCAAAAUCUGUGACAUCUCAAAAGAAUACCCAUUCUGCGCCAGAUCCAAAUAUAGACGAUUUGAUUGCUGAAUUAGAGCAUGAAAUUCCUUCUGAUUCUUUA